UAUUUGACUUUAUUUGACUACGAUAGUGAAACCUUGGUCCCCGAGCGGGGCUUGGCGAGGCGCUACCUGGCGGUGUCUUCGCGUGGCAAUCUCAGCGGCGCGGCGCGGCACGGCACGGCGGCGGAGCUCCCACGCCGCUUGCGGGGCCCCCGCGCUGCCCCCCUUCCCCCGCCGCCCUUCCUCGCCCCGACCGCCGCGCCGCCGCCCCCGGGCCCGCCGCCCGCCGGGUCCGCAGUUUAUGACCCAACUGUCGCCAUGAUAAUUUAUGUUAAUGGCCUCUCCUCCCUCCGCCGACGCUCCGCCGCCGCCGCCGCCACCGCCGCCGCCGGCCGCGCCGCCAGUGGUUCUCGGUCUCGCGUGGAGCGCGGACACGCGCGGUCGCGCAUGGCGAGCCCCGCGUGCGCUUCAGGCCCUGCCACCGCCACCGCCGCCGCCGCCGCCAGCAGUCGUGAAAGCACCAUUACACCAAAAUGUUCCUUUAGCAAUCGUUUAGAAAAUGAAAAUAAAGAGCACAAUUAUAAUAUUGAGUUG